CGCCUCUUUGCAAUUUCUCUCAAGAAAGUAGAAAUGGGAUUGACCUCAUCCUUACGGUUCCAUAGACGAAACAACAAGACUUUCCUCAGAAUCUUCAUGAUCUUGGUUCUAAGCUGUAUACCAGGUAGAACCAAUCUUUGUUCCAAUCAUUCUGUUAGUACCCCAAAAGAAUUACCUCCUUCAAAUCCUCCAGAUAUUCGUUCUUCCUUAGUUUCACUAGAUUUGGAGGGUUACAUAAGCUUUGACGAUGUCCACAAUGUGGCCAAGGACUUUGGCAACAGAUACCAGUUACCACCUUUGGCAAUUCUACAUCCAAGGUCUGUUUCUGAUAUUUCAUCGAUGAUGAAGCAUAUAGUACAUCUGGGCUCCACCUCAAAUCUUACAGUAGCAGCCAGAGGCCAUGGUCACUCGCUUCAAGGACAAGCUCUAGCUCAUCAAGGUGUUGUCAUCAAAAUGGAGUCACUUAGAAGUCCUGAUAUCAGGAUUUACAAGGGGAAGCAACCAUAUGUUGAUGUCUCAGGUGGUGAAUUAUGGAUCAACAUUCUACGGGAGACUCUAAAAUACGGUCUUUCACCAAAGUCCUGGACAGACUACCUUCAUCUGACCGUUGGAGGUACUCUAUCUAACGCUGGAAUCAGUGGUCAAGCCUUCAAGCAUGGACCCCAAAUCAACAACGUCUACCAGCUAGAGAUUGUUACAGGGAAAGGAGAAGUCGUAACCUGUUCUGAGAAGCUGAAUUCUGAACUUUUCUUCAGUGUUCUUGGCGGGCUUGGACAGUUUGGCAUAAUCACUCGGGCACGGAUCUCUCUUGAACCAGCACCGCAAAUGGUUAAAUGGAUCAGGGUACUCUACUCUGACUUUUCUGCAUUUUCAAGGGACCAAGAACAUCUGAUUUCGAAGGAGAAAACUUUUGAUUACGUUGAAGGAUUUGUGAUAAUCAAUAGAACAGACCUCCUCAAUAAUUGGAGAUCGUCAUUCAGUCCCAACGAUUCCACACAGGCAAGCAGAUUCAAGUCAGAUGGAAAAACUCUUUAUUGCCUAGAAGUGGUCAAAUAUUUCAACCCAGAAGAAGCUAACUCUAUGCAUCAGGAAACUGGCAAAUUAGUUUCAGAGUUAAAUUAUAUUCCAUCCACUUUGUUUUCAACUGAAGUGCCAUAUAUCGAGUUUCUGGAUCGCGUGCAUAUCGCAGAGAGAAAACUGAGAGCAAAGGGUUUGUGGGAGGUUCCACAUCCCUGGCUGAAUCUCCUGAUUCCCAAGAGCAGCAUAUAUCAAUUUGCUACAGAAGUUUUCAACAACAUUCUCACAAGCAACAAUAACGGCCCUAUCCUUAUAUAUCCAGUCAAUCAAUCCAAGUGGAACAAACAUACGUCUUUGAUAACUCCAAAUGAAGAUAUCUUCUAUCUCGUGGCCCUUCUUCCCUCUGCAGUGCCAAAUUCCUCAGGGGAAAACGAUUUAGAGUACCUUCUGAAACAAAACCAAAGAGUUAUUAGCUACUGUGCAGCAGCAAACCUCAACGUGAAGCAGUAUUUGCCUCAUUAUGAAACUCAACAAGAGUGGAAAUCACACUUUGGCAAUAGAUGGGAAACAUUUGCACAGAGGAAACAUGCCUACGACCCACUAGCAAUUCUAGCCCCUGGCCAGAGAAUAUUCCAAAAGACAACAAGGCAAUUAUCUCCCAUCCAACUCUCAAAGUCAAAGGCAACAGGAAGUCCUCAAAGGUACCACUAGAGAGAGCAUCAAUACUGCCAAAACCUAGAACUGUAUAAAAGUUUCCUGUGUCCUUGUAACGGCUCAGGCUAGGCAGCAAGAGAGUGAAAAAUUCUUUCUUUUUUGUUUCUUUUAGUGAACUACAAAUUUUACAGUCUGAAACAGAUUGUGACAUUGUAUAGGAUCUCCAUAAAAUCCUACGCAGUGU